GGAGAAGUAUCCCGUGGAUCUCGCCAAGUCCCCAUUCUCCUCCCCUCUCCUCCAGCGAGUCCUCUCUGCUCUCGCCUAGUCGCCUCCCCCUCUCACCCAACCCUAUCGAGCAGAUCGCCGAUGGAUCAGGGCUGGGCGAGCUGGUUCGGCGCCGGCGUCACGUCCGCCUUCUUCGCCUCGCUCGAGCGCUGCUCCUGCAUCAACCUCUCCACCGACGACGACGACGACGACGCCGAGGAGGCCAACGACCGCCCCCUCAUGCUCGCCGCCCCCUCCGACCAGCCCCAGCUCGACACCGCCCCCGCCCCCGCCGUCGCCGCCGGCAAGGAGGAGGAGCAGGAGCAGGAGCAGGGGCCUCCCCUCCCGCCCGUGUGACCCGCUCCCUCCCUCCAUCCAUCGCUUGCGUACGCCUUACUCUCCUCGUCCUCUGCUCUAGAUCUGAUGAUGAACUGCUGCUCCUCGCUCGUGGCCGACUAAUAAAUCCUGUCGAUUUUGCUGCUGGCCGGCCAUGUUUUAAUUAAUUGGAUUACUAGUAUGUCUAUCUGUGUGUGUGUGUGUAAGCCAUUACCAUGCCUGUUGUUUGUGUUCAUGUGAAUAUCAUCAUGCCGUCGUGUGGUAAUUUCUUUCGUAGCAGAUGGAUGGAUGUGUCGGAUGGAUCAUGGAUCAAUCUCUAUAUAUCUGUUGUUGAAUUGCUGCCCUGUGAA